UGCGUGACUUAAAAAUUAGUAUAAAAGUCGAUGGGGUAUUUUGAAAUCAGUCGUGUCAUCAAUAGCUAACAAGCCCGUUAGUUUGACAUAAAAAAAUAAGUGAAAAUGGGGUUCAAACUUACCAUUUUUAGUAUUUUGGUGCUUGUUGCUAUUUCUGAUGGUGCCCAACAUCACAAGUCUUUAUCACGUUCUGCAUCGCAGAAUUACUGCACAGUCGUAUGUCGAGAUGUGAGCGGUUCUUCAAGCACCGUCAGCCCCGGCUCAGGCUCGACUACUACCACUCCUUCAUCAGGAACUUCCUCCACUUCCUCCUCGGGCGGAAGUGACACUACAACCGCUUCAACCGGAGGCUCUGAAACCACCACUUCCUCAUCCGGAGGAUCAGGCUCAUCCACAAGCUCCUCAGGGGGCGCUGAAACGACUACUUCCUCUUCUGGAGGCUCAAGUUCAUCCACAAGCUCGUCCGGCGGUUCUGGUUCUACUACAAGCUCCACAGGAGGCUCUGAAACGACCACUUCCACUUCCGGAGGCUCUGAAACGACCACUUCCUCUUCCGGAGGCUCUGAAACGACCACUUCCACUUCCGGAGGCUCUGAAACGACCACUUCCUCUUCUGGAGGCUCGGGUACAUCCACAAGUGCUUCUGGUUCCACUACAAGCUCUUCAGACGGGUCCUCCACAUCUUCCUCGGGAGGUAACGAGAGUACUACUACCGAGGCAUCUGGAGAGAGCACUACUUCCGAAAGCACGACAAGUUCAGGAGGGGAUAAGAGCAGUACUACCGAGUCCGGCUCAGAAAGUACCACUGUUUCAACUGGUGAAUCUUCAACUACUGAUUCUUCUACUCAAUAUCCGGCCUGUCCGUGCUACUGCACUUCUGGAGGCACCACGUAUACCGGUGGCCCAGUGACCGGCUCAAGCAGAUCACACCAUGGACACGGAUUCCACAGCAGACAUGCUGCUCACCAUCAGACAGAACAUGAAAGAAUCGUCAAAUCUAUUGGUAAUGAUCAUGUGCUUUUUGACGUUUUUGCUGGGGUGGGCCCCUUUGCAAUCCCGGUAGCAAAAAAGAAGAGCAAAGUAUAUGCAAAUGAUUUAAAUCCUGAGUCAUAUAAAUGGCUGAUGCACAAUAAGAAGCUUAACAAAAUAUCUGAUGAGUAUUUCGAAGGAUAUAACAUGGAUGGAAGGGACUUUAUUUUGACAGUUUUAAAAGAAAAUCUGCCUAAACAUGUUGGCAAGCAAAUCGUUGUUACCAUGAACCUUCCUGCUUUAGCAGUAGAGUUUUUAAACUCUUUUGUAGGGUUAUUAAAAAAUUCUGAAAAUAUUUCAACAUUAACAGUUUACGUAUAUUGCUUUACUAAAGGAGAAAACCCCGAACAAUUGGCAAGAGACUUGAUUCACACCAAUUUAAAAGUUAAAGGGGUAAACGUUGAUGAGAAAAUUAAAGAGAUUUUUAAAGUGAGGACAGUCAGUUCCAUGAAAGAGAUGAUGAGGGUUACAUUAAGUUUGGAUAAGGAUAUUUUGGCUGGGGAGGUUGUCACUUGUAAAAGAAGCAUGGAGGAGGAGAGUUUAGUGUGUAAAAAAAUUUGCACCGAGGAUAAAAAUGGGCAAAAACAAGAAGAAAACCAACAGUGUUUUCAAAGUGACGGGAGCCAAGAGUCUGAAAAUGAAGGCCAAAGCGAAAGUGGUAAAGAGUGACUUGAAAAAUUUAAAAGCAAAAUCCAAAGAGAAGGUUAUUGAAAUAGACAAAGCUUUGGACGGGCUUCAAGAGAAAUUAAGAAAAUCAGCACCCGAGGUGAAACAAGUAUCGGAAAAGAAGGCUACUAAGCUGCCUAGUUCAAUUAAUUUAGAUGAAAACACGGAAAAAGUAAAUAAAGAGGCUGUUGACAAGAUGGAGACGAUGCAGUUGUAGGCUUAAGUUUUUUUCUUUAAAUAUAUUAUUUUGUUUA